GAAAGUGUCCGACUCGUGGCGAAUUAUUAGGAAGACAAGUAACCUCUUCCGAAGGAUUAUGAAUCCGGAUCAACAUGACCCUGCUAUCAUCAAUACGGUCAAGCAAAAGUUUCGUGUUUGUGGAACAAUACUCGCGAUCUUCCAAGGAUAUCAAAUCGAUGGAGAUAGGCGAAAGAACCGGCUGCUUGUCAUCGUAAGAUCCGAAUCUUCGUCGGCCCUUUUCACAUUCUCUGUAGUUCGUUAUCCCCCGGAAAGCGUAUCGGACCUCACGGUCGUCUCCGCUUAUCCCAUCAAUGCAUCUUUCUGGGUAAAUCCAGUCAGCUGUCUACACAGUCGUCAAUUUACGAUAUUCUCCAACAAUGAACCUAUCGUGUAUUACUAUGAAGAUAGUCCGGAUGCAAUCGCUUCCCGGGACAAUUUUAUCGGCAAGCUGAAACUAGAGAUUACCGAAUACAUGUGCAAUUCUACGCAGACCUCUGUGACUGGCGGCUCGAUUGAUUUCGAAUGGGUGGAUGAAUUCAAACGGGCCGAAAUGCUCUCCCUUAAUCAGAAUAUUACCGACGGUAGCCAAGCCAAGCCUAGAAACUUUCAUUUCGAAGAGGAGCUUCAAAAAAGACGGAACGAGUAUAUAGUGUUUAAACAAUUCAAAAUAUAUACCGGCACCUGGAAUGUCAACGGACAACUGGCUGAGGAUAUCGAUCUGAAAGAAUGGUUGUCCACCACGGAAGAUCCACCGGAUAUCUAUGCGGUAGGACUUCAGGAAAUUGAAUUUUCAGCGGAAAAGGUUAUCUUGAACGAAACGAAAAUCGAUCGGACCUGGGUAAACAAAAUAAUGAGUGGAUUACACAGUGGUGCUAAAUAUAAAGAACUUACAUCCGUGCGUUUGGUAGGAAUGAUGUUAACUGUGGCUGUUAAAGCUCCACUGAAGGACCACAUUUCAGAUUUUUGGACUGCAGCUGUACCAACUGGACUUAUAAACAGGGGUAACAAAGGUGGUGUAGGGGUCAGUUUCCAGCUGAACGAAUCGCUCCUGUGCUUUGUAAAUGUACAUCUGGCAGCUCACACGCAGGAGGUUGAACGUCGUAACGAAGAUCACGAUGAAAUCAUACAAUCAAUGUUUUUCGGAAAUACCAUGGAGGGGCGCUUCAUUGACGACCAUCAUCACAUCUUUUGGAUCGGUGACCUGAACUACAGAUUGAACGGGGAUAUGACUCAAGCAUUCGUCAGCGAAAAAAAUAAUGACUAUAAUCAGCUGUUCCCGUUUGAUCAACUGUAUUUGGAGAAGUUUAGGGAAAAAAUCUUUCAGAACUACAACGAAGGAAAAAUUACCUUUGCCCCAACGUAUAAAUAUGAUCCCGGAACCGACAACUGGGACAGUAGCGAAAAGAAACGAAGUCCGGCUUGGUGUGACCGAAUCCUGUGGAAAGGAUCUCAAAUAGAUCUGUUGAAGUAUGAUAGCGUCAUGCAGCUGAGAAAAAGCGACCAUAAGCCGGUUUUUGCAGUUUUUAAUGUUAAUAUUGAAACAAAAGAUGAUGAAAAGUUGAAAAAAGUACGUAUAGAGCUGUUGAAAACUUAUGACGAGUAUGAAAACGAUAACCAACCCCAACUAAUUGUGAGACAAACGGAACUCAACUUUGGGUACAUACGGUUCAAUGAAAAGUUUUCUCGGGAACUAAUUAUAACUAAUAAUGGUCACGUUCCGCUGAAGUUUAAAUUUGCAGUCAAGGACGAACGACUCAAUAAGGUUUGUGAGGAAUUCAUUCAAAUAAGUCACGAAUCGGGAGAACUGCCGACAGGCAACAGCCUCAGCAUAUGGAUAGAUGUUUUCGUAGGUGCUAAAACAAUUUCAUACAUGCUGCAGAAACUGAAGAAUGCUGAUAAGAAAAUGAAAAGUCGACUAGACAUUCUCGUUUUACGUGUAGAAAACGGAAGGGAUACAUUCAUCACUAUCUAUGGAGAGUACAUACUCAGCUGUUUCGGUGUUUCCCUUGAAACAUUACUUAAACUGAAUAAACCGAUCUGCGAGUACGAGAUUAAUGAACUCAUCACUCUCGAGAAAAAAGAGGUACAACAUAACCUUUCGGUGGAUCACAUUCCUCGGGAAAUCUGGCGUUUGGUAAAUUAUUUGAACAACAGUGAUGUGGAAUCAGUGAAACUGUUUACCCUGAAUCAACCUCAUUCCAAUCAUGAAAAAUUUCCGGAGAUUCGCGAUUGGUUGGACAGUUGGUCAUCGGAGGCGUUCCCCGGUGGACCUAGGUCAGCUGCCGAAGCUUUGCUGCUGUUUCUGGAAUCACUUCCUCAACCAGUGGUCGACAUCAGCGUACAAGAUUGCAAGGUCUGCGAGGACGAUUACGCAAAAUGUCGGGAAUUGAUUCGGACCAAGUUGAAACCUGUCAAUCGGCAAGUGUUUCUCUAUAUCUGCAAGUUUUUGAAAGAACUUCGAAAGCGAGGCUGUUUGGUUCGGCUGGAAGAAUUGGCAACCAUUUUUGGAAAGGUAUUAAUACGGUCAACCCAACCAACGGAGGCAGGAACCACAGCUGGCAAAGAGAUGUGCUCAUAUACCGAGGGCGUGCGGGACAUGAGACAGAAAUUCAUGAUGGCCUUCCUGAAAAACGAAGGUUUCCGUUUUGGAUGGUCAAAUAAAUUUGGAAUAUCGAAAACUUAG